AUGGCUGUCUUAUCAAAAUCUCCAUCUACUGCUGAUCAGACUCCUUCAUCAGGGCUACUGGGCAUCAAGGCUAACCAGAAUCUCAUCUUAGACCUUGAUCCAUCCAAGUAUGAAGCCUUUCUCCAUCCAUUGAUCUAUUGUCUACGGCAUUCUCCUGUGAGUUGUGUUGCUGAUGUUAAUGCUCACUUGCAUAAUAUCAUCGAGACUCAUGAUUCACUCCUCACAGUCUUUGUUCAUCGGCAUCUUGCUGAGAAAUUGAAGCCCAUCUUCUCCAUGCUUGAUCAAACUGAGGGUGUUUCAGAAUCCUUUACAAUUCCAAAACAAGGUGGAGAACUUCUGGCAUCAAAAGGAAAAGAGAAAUUGGUUGAUGAUGAAGAUGAGGAAGAAGAAGAAUAUGAAAAUGAAAAGUUAACGCGUAAAUCUCGUGAUGCUAAAAUUGAUGAAAACCUACGAGUUACUAGGGAGGAUAAAGAACGAGAGAAUGCAGUUCAUGAAGCUGAGGAAACUUUGAAGACUGAGAAAACUCUUUUCCCUUUAUGGUCAAUGGAACACAUCUUGAGUGAAGCCAUUGAUAACCCAAGAGUUUAUUGGCUAGAACAUGUUGUGUCGUUUGAAUUUGAGAACUCACAAAAUUCGCAGCUUGGCCUGCCUAUUACUCUGAAGGCCUUUCAAUUUUGUUGCUUUGACAAAAUUGUGAAUGUUCCUCUCUCAGAAAAUGGUGCUUAUUAG